GGCCUACUACAGGCAGAUCAUCACUCAGUCCCUUGUUUACUUCGAUACACGAGAAGCAUGUUUUCUUGUCUGUGAUUAGUGAAUUGAUAUCAGUGCCUACUGUGAUAGCACAUAACAUACUCUUCGGUGCAAUAUCUGACUGUGAAGAAAUUUGCAUAACAAAAUAAACUCCCGUUUCCAGUGAACGCAAUACAAUCGCAUCGAUUGAAGAACGACUGACAACUUUCACAUUCUCCAUCUCGCCAUCAUUCGCCUGCUGGUCAUCGAAAAGAGAUAGCCAGUCGAACAAGAAGUACGCACGUAAAUGAACGUUCCGUGCCGGUAACGAAAAUUACACAAUCAUCGUCUCGACAAGUACGUGCAACGAUAUCGGUUCGUCUCCGUGAGCGGUGUUUUGUUCUUUGAUAUCAGCUUUGAUUAGCGAGGCAGUGUGAUUGGUGACCAAUCUGUCAGUGCAAGUGACUCUGUGAAAUUAACAAUCAUUCCCUCUGGAGAUGUCGUCUCUAACGAAACUACACAGCAGUAUCUUCCAUCCAACGUUGAGGAAACUCCAGUGCCAGGAUGUAGACAUCGCUGCACACAAUCUUAUGUACCCGUUGUUUUUGGUAGAAGACGAUGAAGCGGUUCAGGAGAUUCCGAGUAUGCCUGGCGUAGCCAGGUACGGCAUCAAUACCCUGAAGAAACACGUAACGCCAUUGGUAGAAAAAGGUCUGGCAUCGAUUCUACUGUUCGGAGUCGUUGACAAGCUCCCCAAAGACACCACUGGCAGUGGUGCUGAUUCUGCUGAAAACCCCGUGGUCAAAGCCCUUCCCCUACUGCGGCAAUGGUUCCCAGACCUGUUGAUCGCGUGCGAUGUCUGUCUCUGCCCGUACACCAGCCACGGCCAUUGCGGAGUCCUUACCGACGACGGAGUCAUCGACAACGAACCCAGCAUCCAACGGAUUGCGGAAAUCUCCCUAGCCUACGCGAAGGCCGGAGCGCACAUUGUGGCCCCAUCGGACAUGAUGGACAAUCGUAUUUGGGCGAUUAAGAAAAUCUUGCGAGAGAACAAAAUGGAGAACACCGUUUCGGUGCUGUCGUACUCGGUGAAGUUCGCUUCCGGAUUCUAUGGACCGUUCCGGGAUGCGGCCAAAUCGGCACCGGCUUUCGGCGAUCGGAAGUGCUACCAGUUGCCUCCCGGUUCGAAGGGGAUUGCCAAACGAGCGGCGAAACGAGACGUCGAAGAGGGCGCUGACAUGUUGAUGGUCAAACCGGGCAUGGCGUACUUGGAUAUUGUCAAACAAGUGAAGGAUGACUACCCGGAGCUGCCGUUGUUCAUCUAUCAGGUGUCCGGCGAGUACUCGAUGCUGUUGAACGCCGGCAAAAUCGGUGCCUUCGAUCUGCGGACCGUCCUGUGGGAGGUGCUGGUUGGGAUGCGCCGUGCCGGAGCAGAUUGCAUCAUUACGUACUUCACGCCCACACUGCUCGAUUGGUUGUGAUUGAAAGGUGUACCAGAGAGCGAACCACUGCAUUUAAUUACUGUUCGAAAUUCUGUGGUGUGGUGUAACAUCGUCAUCACUGUCAUAUAGAGUUUUAGGUGGAGAUUGAUUCCAAGCGUAGGUGUAGGGUUUGCUACUCUAGCGAUGAGUGUUUCUUAGGUGAAUAAAAGUGGAAAAAAGAAUCAAUCAUCAUUAAAAUCAUUUAAAGAUGUUCUACUACAA